AUGACAUAUGCGCAUGAUAUUCGGGUGGAACCAUUUGCUCGUGUUGUUACCCGUUAUGAUAAGCAAACAUAUCAGUUAUCUGUCGAUAUCUCAUGGCAAUUACCUCCAAAUAGUUACCCUCGAUUUCAUUUCACCUCCGAAAGUUUAUUCGAAUUUGAUGAGACUUACGAUAUUAAAUUGAUAAGUUUAUCGAAAAAGAAAAACCAUACAACGAUUCUCCGGAAACAUGUCCUGAUGCCACAUCAUCCCGAUUAUUACAAUGAUACGGGCACUGAAUACGAUUCAAAUUUGCAAGCAUCACGAUGGACUGGUGGAUUUCGACGUAUUUUAGUGCAUCCAUUAGCACGAACAAUUCAGGUGGAAUUUGUGGGUGCACCACCUCAUUACUGUUUCGAAGGUUAUGAGGUACGAUUGAAGGAUGAAAGUGGCCUGGAAUUGCUUCAUAGUGCAGUGGUACCAGUUGAAUUGAUGUAUAUGGAAUACUUUGGUAAUCAAACUAUCCUUUUUGGCCAGUACAACUUUACUAAUUUAGAGGUGGACCAAUAUUUUAUGCCAUCUGUCAUACCGAUCGAACGUUCUCGUGAUGGUCGUUGCCUUUGUCCAGUAUUGAGUACCAGUCCGUUUGAUAACCGAAUGGUAUGCUCCUGUAUUGCUGCUGAUUGGCAUAAAGUUCGAAUUCAGAGAAUGGAAAAACCAUUGGUCGUUACAUCAGGAUUAGGACGAAAUAAUACUUUAAUUUUGCGUGCAGAGAAUAAUGCUUCCGGAUAUAUAUGGACAACAGUUUUAGCAACAAUGCUUUUGGCUAUAUGUUUGAUGAUAUUUUUCCUAUUUUAUAUCUUAUAUUUAUAUCACGUUCGUCGUCGACUAACCAGUAAAGCAAUACGAAUACGAUUUGUGACCGAUCGUCCACCUUCGACAACUUUAACAGCCUCAUCCAAUAGUCAAGCACCUUUAAUUCAUAUUGCGCGACUUAAUGUUUUACUGAUUUAUUCACAUGAUAAUUUGUUACAUGAAAAAUGUGUUUUACUCUUUGCGGAAUAUUUGCGUAACGUAUUUGGUUUCGAUGUUCACUUGGAUGUUUGGGAUGUUGCUCAAAUUGAGCGCAAUCUUCUGGAUUAUAUCAGCGUAUCAAUUAUGAAUGCUGACAAAGUGGUUAUUAUCAAUUCUGAAGGAGCAUAUUAUCAUUAUCGAUGUAAAAUACAGCAAGAAUAUCAUAUUGAACGAAAGAAAUCUGAACCACUUGAUGGUUUAUUUGACAAACAAAUCGACCAAGUAUUGAUGCAUUCAUCGGUAAUAUCGGUUCGAUUCAAAUAUACGCUACCUUUGUUCGUUUUACCACCGCUAAGCUGCUCGUUACAAUAUAUAAUUCCCGAUAAUAUUGCCGCAUUAAUUUCGAAUUUAACCAAUUCAGAUACUAAAAAUGAUUCACGAAUUGUUGCGUACAGUUCAGCAUACGCAAAAUUAACAGAAACCGUUACGGAAACGUCAAAAAUAUUGGAAAAUGAUUCGAACUGGUUUAUCAAUACUCAUUGGCGUGUUGCACGACCAACAACCAUUAAUAAACAGAAUCGGGUGGUUCCAAUUCGGCAUAAUAGGGAAAAGCUUAUUGAUGAAUCGGAAAAUAUUGAUAUCAAAGAGCCGCAGAUAUUAACUCAACCAAAAAUAUUAUCUGAAUUAUCGGAUGGUCAUGAAAGUGUAACAAUGGUUUCUUCUGGAAUAGUUUUGCAAUCAGAAAGCUUAACAGAUCCUGUAAAAAUUCAAAUUGUCACAUCAACCGAUAAUUAUACUAAUGAUGCUGAUCAAUUCAAUCAAUUGAAUAACUUUCCAAUCAUUGAUAGUAGUAAUUUGUCGGAGAAAAAGAUAACCAAUGAUGGACAUACAAUACAUGAUUCUGGUUUUAUUUCUGAAAAAGGUGUUACAAAUAUUUAA